AUGAUUCCAAUCACAACACUCUUGAUCGUGACAACAUGUGCGCUCUAUGUAGGCUAUAAAUUAGGACGCUACAUCGAGUCUUCGAAAAGCGGACGUGUUAGCAAAAAUGAUGUAUCAGAUGCGAGUAAAAAAGCCUUUGAAGAUACACCAGUAUCAAAUUCACGAGGGGUGUUGGAUGCCGAGAAGUAUGACGACUUUAAACUGGUUCUGGUUGUGAGAAACGAUCUCGGGAUGACAAAAGGGAAAGCGGCUGCCCAGUGCUCUCAUGCGACAUUGGCAUGCUACAAGCGGCUAUCUGCAACAAAUCCAAAGCUUCUACGUGCUUGGGAGUAUUCGGGCCAACCAAAGAUUACAUUGAGAGCAAAUGGUCGGGAUGAACUUCUCGAAUUAGAAAAAACAGCAUGCCGCCUGAAUCUAUGUGCAGAAAUAAUCCAAGAUGCUGGUCGCACACAGAUUUCUUCUGGAUCCAUGACAGUGUUAGGAAUAGGGCCAGGUGAGGCCAAGUGCAGUGAUCGAUCAAGUAACGGGGCACUUGAAGCUGUAUUAAACUUGCUGUACAUUAUAUUUGAUAUAUGA